UGAAUCCUCUUGAUUCAGAAGUUGACAGUAUCUCUGAAAUUAAUUCUCUCUUCUCUUUCACCUAUUACAUAAAAGGUAUAGAGUACUGAAUAAAGAAAGUUGAAACAAUUAAAACAUGUAAAAUUAUUUAAAAACUAUAUCAAAAAUAAAUUUUUACUUUACACAUUUUAAUUUACAUAUUUUUUUAUUCACUGAAAUAAGUAAUGACUGAAAUAAGUAAUGAAUAUUUUAAGACAAAUAUAUUCUAGCAGCAUCAAAAUUUUUAAUUAAUUAUAGUCUUAUCAAUGUCUCUAAGAAUUUCGAUAAAUUUAUUGUACGUAUAAUUUCUUGCAUGUUUGAUCUUAUAAUACUCAUCUGUUGUAGCACCUUCUAUAUUGCGUAUGCUACACCAUACAGUGGGUGAUGAAAUAUUUCAGAAAGGGAUUAAUAUGUAUAUGAAAAGAAAGACGGGAAGUCUGGACGAUUUCUGGACUGUAAUGCAAUCUGUGUAUGAUUCACAAACUAUGGAUUUGGAGAAAAUCAAUGUGAAAGAUCUGAUGAAUCCUUGGAUACAAGAAAAGCAAUAUCCUAUUCUUAGUGUAGCGGAAAUCUUUGGUUCCGAAUGGACGAAAAUUUUUCUACAAACUGCUUCCGAAAACUGGACGGUACCAUUAACACAUCAAGU